AGGUCCAUAACUACUGAUUUCAACUGUUGUCUGGCCGUGCUGCUGGUGGCUUAGGAAACCUGUCCCAGGACCUCUUUCACCUCUUAGCAUGUGUCAGCGCCAUCAACCAUUGUUUCAGAGGCCUCUUUGAGACUGGGACAUUGAUUUGAUACUUGGCAGUUCCCUGCUGCAUUGAGUUUUGGGUCUUUUUCUUGGGCAAGGCAGAUGGACCUACAGCUCUAGUUUUGGAGGCCACAGAGAGUGGCGAUUUCACAUGCAGCUCCUGGAAAGUGCAUUUUGGAGUAUUAGGGCAGCGAGUCUGUUGAGAAGCACAGCAGAUGAAAUCCUGGGCCAACCCUUUAUGUGCUGUGUCAGACUGGCUUAUUAUCCACCCUCCUGACUCCAGGGUCAGUCAGACCUCACUGCCAGCUCUACCUUCCUGCGCCACAAGGACCUUUGCAACACUGGUGGUUACAGACUGUGUCUACCACUCCCACUUAACCUAGGGAUAAGGACUUAUGUGGGAUUGGGGGGGGGGGAUAUGCUUCAUUCACCUAUGUUACUUCUACUCACCCCAUCCCAUUCAUUCCUUCCUGUGGUUAUUUGAUUAGGAAUAGGGGCCCUCAUAGACUCAUGUGUUUGAAUGCUCAGCCCAUAGGGAGUGGUACUAUAGGAGGUGUGACCUUGUUGGAGUAGGUGUGGUUUGUUUAAGGAAGUUUGUCUCUGGGGGUGGGCUUUGAGGUCUCCUAUGCUCAAGCUAUACCCAGUGUGGCACAGUCUUUCCCUGCUGCUCUUGACCGUAGAACUCUUGGCUCCUCUAGCACAUUGCCUGCCCAGAUGCUGCCAUGUUCCCACCUUGAUGCUAAUGGACUGAACCUCUGAACCUGUAAGCCAGCUCCAACUAAAUGUUUGCCUUUAUAAGAGUUGCCUUGGUCAUGGUGUCUCGUCACAGCAAUGAAACCCUAACUAAGACACUUCGUAUCAGAGCAGUAUUAGACCAGUUCGGUCACAUUUUUGCUUUCAAGGCCCAAAUGUAAGAAACCGAUAAUUCCCCAGGGUAUUGUGGCCUUGAUGGCUGAAUCCACAAACAGAACCCUUAUUAUGGGAAGGGAAUGUCAAAUUUCCUCUCAGCAGAGUGAGAAUUUGGCAUGUUUUCAUGGAUGUCUUACAAGGGAAUAGCAGCCAACCCUCCACCCCCACUCAGGCCUGGAGGAGCUGCUGGGACCAGGAGCAUGUAGGACAGCUGAACUGUGGAUGAGUGGUCAGAGAAACGUGUCCCUGUUGUCUGUCCAGGAAUCAGUCUCUGCAGCCCCUCAGGCAGAGGAAUCUCUCAUAGUCACUUGUUAAAAUGCAGUAAGUCUGGGUUGGGAGCGGGCUGCCUGAGUUUCAGCAUUCCUAACUAGCUCCCAGGCACUGCUACAGCUAUUGCCUCUGCUGCAUUCACAAACCAAACAGAGCAGCAAGAGCUUACAUCCUUGCCUGAUGGGAUUGUAAAACCUCAGAUUCUGAAUAUGUCACAGGACUUAAUGGCCUUAGGCCAAGCAUGGCCGCAAGCCUCAACACCAAAGCUUCUUGCCUGCUGGGAAGGGCCUCUGCCACCUUCUGUUUGGGGAUCAUCUGCCUUUCCAAAGAGAUGAAAUCAGCAGUUUGCAAUUUGGGCAAAACAAGGUUAUGUUAAACUGCCUGGUCCCCACUCCAGCCCUCUAAAGUUACAUAAUGUGUCCUUGUUACAAAGACCUAUAAUACCAUUUGGUAGCGGGAAGCGGAUUGCAGACUGCUUAUUGCUGAUGGGUGGGGCUAGGGCUGGGGUCAGGGAACUGAGCAGAAUGUGGGACGGGUUUAAAGCAAAAAAGGGGCCUGGCAGAUGGAGAGGACAGGAAGGCUCUGGUAGCCAAGGCUUGGGGAUAAAACUGAUUGGUUUGUCAGCAAAAUCUGUCAUUGGCUUUGGCAAUUCAAAAGGCAGACACGUUUGCUCAUCUCUGCUAAUCCUCAUCCGAUACAGAGGCUUUUCCAGCUACUAUCUGAAAGAAAAAUAAACAGUCAAACCUGCAUGCAUGCACAGUCCUUGCUCUUUGCCCCUGUGUGCUCCUUGCUCCAGCCUUUAUUUCUUCUUGCACCAUUUCUUGGGAGAUGGAGGGGCUGGGGGCACUAUGGGCAGACCUCCGGGAUGGUAGGGAUCCUACAGCUGAGUGGCUCUAAGCCACCAGGUGCAAGGAAGGCCAAGGGAUGCUGAUCCUGCUUCUUCAUGUGGUGGUCUUCAGUCUGCCCUGCACCAGGGCCAGCGAGGCCUGUCUGCGGGCCUGCCCUGCGGCCUGCACCUGCAGCCACGUGGAGCGUGGCUGCUCAGUGCGCUGUGACCGUGCGGGCCUCCAGCGGGUGCCCCAGGAGUUUCCGUGCGAGGCGGCCUCCAUCGAUCUGGACCGGAAUGGCCUGCGCAUCCUGGGCGAGCGGGCCUUUGGCACGCUGCCGUCGUUGCGCCGCCUGUCGCUGCGCCACAAUAACCUGUCCUUCAUCACGCCCGGCGCCUUCAAGGGCCUGCCGCGGUUGGCCGAGCUGCGCCUGGCGCACAACGGUGAGCUGCGCUACCUGCACGUGCGGACCUUCGCGGCGCUGGGCCGCCUACGCCGCCUGGACCUGGCGGCCUGCCGCCUCUUCAGCGUCCCCGAGCGUCUCCUGGCCGAGCUGCCGGCCCUGCGCGAGCUCACGGCCUUCGACAAUCUCUUCCGCCGGGUGCCCGGUGCGCUCCGGGGCCUCGCCAACCUGACACACGCGCAUUUCGAGCGCAGCCGCAUCGAGGCCGUGGCCUCCGGCUCGCUGCUGGGCAUGCGGCGUCUGCGCUCGCUCAGCCUGCAGGCCAACCGCGUGCGCGCGGUGCAUGCCGGGGCCUUUGGCGACUGCAGCGCCCUGGAGGACCUGCUGCUCAACGACAACCUGCUGGCCACGCUGCCCGCCGCCGCCUUCCGCGGCCUUCGCCGCCUGCGCACCCUCAAUCUGGGCGGCAACGCGCUGGGCAGCGUGGCACGCGCCUGGUUCUCUGACCUGGCAGAGCUCGAGCUGCUUUACCUGGACCGCAACAGCAUCACCUUUGUUGAGGAAGGCGCCUUCCAGAACCUCUCGGGCCUCCUGGCCCUGCAUCUCAAUGGCAACCGUCUCACUGUGCUCUCCUGGGCCGCUUUCCAGCCAGGUUUCUUCCUGGGCCGCCUCUUCCUUUUCCGCAAUCCUUGGCGCUGUGACUGCCAACUGGAGUGGCUGCGUGAUUGGAUGGAGGGCUCUGGGCGUGUGGCUGAUGUGGCGUGUGCCUCCCCAGGCUCUGUGGCCGGCCAGGACCUCAGCCAGGUAGUCUUUGAGCGCUCCUCUGAUGGCCUCUGUGUGGACCCCGAUGAGCUGAACUUUACCACGUCCAGUCCUGGCCCGAGUCCAGAGCCAGUGGCCACCACUGUGAGCAGGUUCAGCAGCCUCCUCUCCAAGCUGCUGGCCCCAAGGGCCCCUGUGGAGGAGGUAGCCAAUACCACCUGGGAGCUGGUCAACGUCUCAUUGAAUGACAGCUUUCGAUCCCAUGCAGUGAUGGUCUUCUGCUACAAGGCCACAUUUCUCUUCACCUCUUGCCUCUUGCUCAGCCUGGCCCAGUAUGUGGUGUUGGGCCUGCAGAGGGAGUGACUGCCACACACUGAAGUGACUCAAACCACUUUGGCCAAAAGGGGGAAGGUUUGCUUGGCUGUCAUGAGUAACUGCCUGUAGUAACCGAAGAGGGAAUAGGAAUGGUAUUGGUAAAGUUCUUGCUGUGGGUGGAAGAAACAGUUUGUCACCAAAGAUGGCUCUAGGCAGAGAGCUCUGGGGAAUGCCACUGGAGUGGGUUUAAAUUUCUGCUUUUGUCACAUGGGCAUCCAUUGAUAUCCCGUUCCACGGGACCCAGUUAUUCGUGGGUACGAGGGGGACCGCAAACCUGGGAGAAAAUGGGAGGAAGAGAAAAAGGAGCUGGAGACCAAGUAGAGGGUCCUAUCAAGGUCUCCGUUUAUUAGGCUGAAAUGCCGGGUUUUAAGACAUACAUCGAGGGGGAUAGGGAGCGGUUGAGGGGGGAUUAACAAAGAACAAAGAAUUGGGCAUCAGGGGAGUCGAGGGCCGAAGUCAGGCUCCAGGCAGUGGGCACUCUGCGUCUUAACUCCGGAAUUCGGAUCCUCCUUAACAGCCUUGGGUGUCAGGCGGGCUCAGCAUGUAACUCAUGUCCUUGAAAGUCUUGGGAGUCAGGAAGAAAUAAGGAAGAGGGAACUAUAAUUCAGCUUUUACAGCCUCAGGUGCCAGGAAGGGAACAGGGAGAAGGGAGUGACAACUGGCUCCUAGCACGAGACCAUUUGGCUUGUCAGGGUGGAAGACUGUGAAAAGCUCGCUUUCUCACAGUAUGGUCUCUAACACAUUGAAAAAGAGAAGGAUGAAUAUGGGCCUGGGCCCACAGGCCUAAAUUAUAUUAGGACUCAAUUGGCUAAGUACUAAGAACUAUGUCAGCUCUUCUCUGUCAGUAGCCCAUAAACCCAAUCCCUGACUUUUCUAACAUGAUACUUCCCCCCACCCCCCUUAUCCCCAGGGACUUGGGGACAACGAGGUUCAGGAAGGUAGACAGGGCAUUAGAGAAAGGGCAUGGGGAAAAGACUUAGAUCCAAGGCAGGCAGUUGUUGCUGAGGUCUGAGGUGUGCGUUAAGAGGCAUUUCAAACCAGUUUCAUUUCUUUUAUGCCACAAUUGAUCCCUCAGUAUAGGCACUGUCAGAAUUAUAUUAAGGUGUGUGUUUGUGGACCACAUUUAUAAAACGCUAAAGUUAAAGUUAAACCAGUUUCUCUAAGCCUUUUCAGAGUCUUUCAAAUGCAAUUGUGAGUUUCCAAUGUAUUGUGAAUGUCCAAGGCAGCACAGAAUCCUCUUUUCUUAGUAUCUCUUUUCGUGGGAAGAGUGUCUGUUCCCACAACAUGCGCUAUCAGCAGCGCAGAGCGUCUCCAGCUGGGAUGGUUCCAUCAGGGAUGGAAGUUAUUGUGAGCUGCUUGAAUGGAGACUAACAGCCAGGAGAGUAGAAAUCAGCAAGGACCUGUGUGUGAAGGGGACUCAGAUUCCCCAGGGUGUUCCCACUGUAUUCCCAAGGGCAAAGCUCUAACAGCAUCCAUGUGAACGUUCAGGGGGUUCUGAGUGUGGAGUAUGUGAUGCCCAGUCCCACUCAGGGCCCCUGACACACCAGCUUUUCUCGUGGUCAUGUGGAAGAGAGCAGAGGUUUUGUCAGCUUCAGAAUCCACAGCUCUCUAGGCCCUGGCCACGAGGGUAACUGUUGGCAGGUUGCCUCUUAAAUGUUGUCUCCUGGGCUGGGGGUUAUGGGCCAGUUUUAUAGUGCUUGCCUAAAAUGGGAGAGGCCCUGGCUUCUAUACUCAUGACUGAAGAAAACAAAAAACUAGCCAGGCACCCUCUCAUUGUUGGCAGCAGAACCAGCCUGAGCUGAUUGCAAAAGGUGCAGGUUCCUAACGGGCCAUCAGGUGAUCAGGCCAAUAAACAUGAUAUGUGUCUGCAAAGGAGAUGCUUGGUAAGCCUCAACACUGUGAGCAGUGACAGCUGUAUUUGUCUAUGUCCUGGAAAUAAAUGUACAGUUUUCA